AUGGCUAGUAAUGUAGAUUUAGAAUUAGAAGCAAGGUUCAAGUUGGCCUCCACGUACGUGCAGUCGGUGGCCGGCAACCUGGACUCGAAAGUGCUGCUGCAGCUGUACGGCCUGUACAAACAGGCCACUGUUGGCAGAUGUGACACCGCUCAGCCGUCGUGGUUCAACGUGACGGCCAAGCAGAAGUGGGAGGCGUGGAAGGCGCUCGGCGACCUGUCCACCGGGGAGGCCAUGUUGAGGUACAUCGACGUGGUGACGCGGGUCGGGCCCGAGUGGGAGGACGAGGCGAGGGACAUGCCCACCGGCUGGGUGUCUGUGUCUUGUCCACUCGCCGAGCCGGAGGAGCAGAUUGAGGAUGUGGACAAGAGCCUGCUGGACUGGGCCAAGGAGGGCCGUGUGGACCGGGUGCGCCAGCUGGCGGAGGGCGGCGCUGACGUGAACCAGUGGGACGAGAUGGGCAUGACGUCGCUGCACUGGGCCGCCGACCGCGGCAACGCGGACGUCGUUCGAUGUCUGCUGCAGCUCGGCGUCGACGUUGACUUCAAGGACGCGGACGGCCAGACGGCGCUGCACUACGCGGCCUCCUGCGGACACGAGAGUGUCAUCCGACUGCUGCUCGAGGGCGGCGCGGACCCCGACGCCAAGGACAGCGAGGGAGAAAAGCCUGUGGAUGUUGCGUGUAGUCCGGACAUAGCCGAGUUACUAACCGCGUAAAUAAUGCACGUUACUGUAGGUUGUUGACAGUGAGUUUGUUGUAAUUAGCCUGCGAAUAAAGUUAUUGAGGUUAAUUCCUUCAAA